UCCCUUCCAUUCGGCGCCAAAGAAGCAAAACAAAAGUCGCUCUUCUAUUAUUGUUUCUAUAGAGUAUUCGUCUAUUUUUUCUCGACUCAGUAUGGAUUUAUCUGCUUACGACUCGCAUAAUUGGGAAAACGCUAAUGUUGACUCUGAAAUACCCGACUUGUGUAAGAAGGAGCCUUGUGUUUUGGGCGUAGAUGAGGCGGGAAGAGGACCCGUUCUUGGUCCAAUGGUGUAUGGCAUAUGCUUCUGCCCAGUGAGUAAACAUGAUGAUUUAAAGGCGUCAGGAGUGGCAGAUUCCAAGACGUUGACAGAGGACCAGAGGGAAAAGAUUUUCGAAAUUAUUCACAAGAACUCAGACUACAUCGGCUGGUCAUUGGACAUCAUAUCCCCAGUGUAUAUUUCAAACUGCAUGUACAAGCGCCCUAAAGUUUCCCUGAAUGAGGUGUCACACAACUCGGCCAUAUCACUCAUAAAGCGUGCCAUUGCUGCGGGUGUCAAAGUGGCAGAAGUAUAUGUGGACACAGUGGGCCCCCCAGAGAAGUAUCAGGCUAAACUUCAGGAUAUUUUCCCUACUAUUAAGAUUACUGUUGCCAAAAAGGCUGAUGCUCUGUUCCCCUGUGUGUCAGGUGCUAGUAUCUGUGCUAAGGUUGCCAGAGAUAGAGCCCUAAAGGGCUGGAAAUUUCCCGAAGGUAUCGAAAUCGACAAUUGGGGAAGUGGAUAUCCUGGAGAUGCUGUUACAAAGAAUUUCCUGAUGAACUCGAUUGACAGAGUGUUCGGUUUCCCUGGCAUUGUGCGUUUCUCGUGGUCAACUGCUGAGAAGAUUGCUGAUGAAAAGUGUAUCUCAGCUUCAUGGAAUGAAGAUGAAGAUGAAGAGAAGAAGGAAAAGACACCCUCAGUCCUUCAGUUCUUUGCCAGGAAGCAGUCAGGUGACGUGUACGAAGCACCCCCACCAGUCAAAAAGAGACACCAUUUCUUCACCGACCGCUGCCUCUCGUCUGUCCAGAAUUUCUGAGGAGUUAUCCCAACGUUGCGAGAAUUACGUUAUUUCUUUUUCUUUCUUUCUUUCUUUUUUAUCUGGAAAAGUUUUGAGAGGAUGUUUGAAUGCAUCAGAUGUUGUUGUAAUGCAUUUGUUGUGUAUGAUAAGAAAGAAUAAAGAUAAUGAUAUGUUU